CAAAGUUCGGAAAGGCAGGGUCGGUUUCCUGCCGGGGUAAAGCACGUGGUUCCGUAUGUGUGUCAGACAUAGGUUUUCUGAGCUCCCCCUCUCUUUUUCCCCCCCAGACAGUUAAUAUUCAUUUUCCAGCACUUUUAUCCUCUACCAACCCACGACGAUUCGAAACGACAACCGGGAGGAGUGUGUGUGUGUUGUGCUAUCUGAUCCAUCUCGUUCGCGGGUCAUGACGCUCGAGGCGAUCCGUUACCGGGCCGGGUCUCUGCAGAUUCUUAACCAGCUGCUCCUACCGCAGGAGACUGUGUUCGACGAGGUCCGCACAGUGCAGGACGGCUAUGAAGCGAUAAAGUCCAUGAAGGUACGGGGGGCUCCUGCCAUCGCCAUCGUAGGCUGUCUGAGCCUGGCAGUGGAGCUGCGCGCAGGUGCCGGGGGCAACGACCCUGUGACCUUCAUCCGGGAGUCUCUGUGUCACCUGACUUCUGCAAGACCCACAGCCGUCAAUAUGGGCCGGGCCGCCCGAGAACUGAUGGAGUUUGCCGAGAACGAGAGCAUGGAGAAAAACCCAGAACAACUCACAGAGAGUGUGAUUGGCUGGAUCGAGGAGAUGCUGGAGCGGGAUGUCAAUGACAACAAGAAGAUCGGUAACUACGGAGCUCAACACAUCCUGUCUGGUGUUCCCCGAGACUCUGUCACUAUCUUAACUCACUGCAACACCGGGUCACUGGCCACGGCAGGAUACGGCACCGCACUGGGUGUGGUGCGUUCCCUCCAUGCUCUCGGCAGACUGAAGCGGAUGUAUUGUACAGAGACCAGACCCUAUAACCAAGGGGCCAGACUGACAGCCUAUGAGGCCGUGGCUGAAGGUUUCCCUGCUACUCUCAUCACAGACAGCAUGGCUGCACUCACCAUGAGAGAGAAGAGCAUCACAGCUGUUGUCGUAGGGGCGGACAGGGUGGUUGCUAACGGUGACACGGCCAACAAAAUCGGCACGUACCAGCUGGCCAUCGCCGCAAAGCACCAUGGGAUCCCGUUCUACGUGGCGGCGCCUAGCACGUCAUGUGACCUGAGUCUGGAGAGCGGCCGGCACAUUGUCAUCGAGGAGCGCCCCGCCGAGGAACUCACCAGCAUCAACGGAGUACCCAUCGCUGCCCCAGGUAUUGAUGUGUGGAACCCGGCGUUUGACGUGACCCCCCACCAGCUGAUAACGGGGGGCAUCAUCACAGAGCUGGGGGUGUUUCUGCCCUCGGAGCUGCAGGCAGCACUCACCGGCCGUCUCACUGCCCUGUAGACGGCGAUAUCACCACCCGCUGGCCGCCGUGCGCUACUGCACCUUAAUAUUCCUGCUCUCACUCUCUCAUACCACUUCCACGUCCUCACACACACAGCUGAUGUGGAAGUCUAGUUUUGUUACAUUUACACACACACGGUCAGUGUUCUACAAACUCACACGUUUUACGGUCUCACACACACACAUCAACGCAGGAACUCAGACACACACAUCCAACCCCCUCCCACUCCUGUCCCUCCCUCUCUCUCCUCUCUCUGGUCUCUCCUGUGUUCAUCUCCUGUCUCUCUCCUCUCUCUGGUCUCUCCUGUCUCUCUCUGGUCUCUCCUCUCUCUGGUCUCUCCUGUGUUCAUCUCCUGUCACCGACAGAACGAACCAGUCUCCUUCAGAAGAACUGGCCUAUACUACAUCCUAAUCAGAUUUCAGAGUUCUCCAAACAACGUUAGGAAUGAAAAAUGUAACAGUUAUACCCAAUAACACAAUAUUAUAUAUUCACAUGUAGUUUUCUCUGGAAAAGUGUUUUAUAGAAAUGUGAGUUUAAGAAAAUUGAUAGCCCAUGAUGACACUUGAUUGCUGAAAAUACAUUGUUGAGUCUCAAAUGGCACCUUAUUCCCUUUAUAGUGCACUAUUUGACUACGGCCCAUAGGCUCUAGCCAAAAGUAGUGCACUAUAUAGGGAAUAGGGCUCUAGCCAAAAGUAGUGCACUAUAUAGGGAACAGGGCUCUGUGCCAAAAGUAGUGCACUAUAUAGGGAACAGGGCUCUGUGCCAAAAGUAGUGCACUAUAUAGGGAACAGGGCUCUGUGCCAAAAGUAGUGCACUAUAUAGGGAACAGGGCUCUGUGCCAAAAGUAGUGCACUAUAUAGGGAAUAGGGGGUCAUAUGAGACGCAACUGAAAUUAGAACUAUUCAAACCAAAACAAAGCCAGUUGAUAUUAUCUAGAGCAAACCUCUAUAGUCAGCUGAUGAGUAUAACUUGUGGCUACACCUCCCUAUACCUCCACAUAAUGUCUGUACCUCGCUGGUCCAAUCUGUACCGUAUCGUCCCCUACCCCCAGGGUUAUCAAACCUCUUUAGUCAGCUGAUGAGUAUAACUUGUGGCUACACCUCCCUAUACCUCCACAUAAUGUCUGUACCUCGCUGGUCCAAUCUGUACCGUAUCGUCCCCUACCCCCAGGGUUAUCAAACCUCUCCUCAGACGUUUCACAAUUCUGUUGUAGCCCUGAACUAGGUCUCCUGAUUCACCUGGUCGAGGGUUUGAUGAUUAGUUGGAUCAGGUGAGCUGGCUGUGGACCUUGGUCCCUGAGGAGAGGUUUAAAAACCACCUGUGUACCAUAUCAAACUACACAGAAUACACAGAAACACUAUAUAUACACUCAACACCAAUCUCCAUGUUAUUAGGCCUGGACAACAAGUCAAGCAAAAGAAACCCUUUUUUCUCUUGGCAGAGAUGGAACUCUCGGCUUUAAACAACAGUUGAACGGAAUGUUGAUGUUUGUUCUAAAGAUUGUAUUUCUAUGAUGUACUGAAUGUCACAGGGGCCCUGCACUGCUCAAUGCCUUCCACCACCAGCACCACCGCUCACACACAGGACAGGACAGGACAGGCAGGCAUCCCGAAUGGCAUCCUAUUACCUAAAUGGUGCACUACUUUUGACCUGAGCUUUGGUCGUAAGUAGUGCACAAUCGAGGGAAUAAUAGAUUGUAAUUUGGGACAGGUCCCAGGACAGCAGGCUAACAGGGAGGAACGUAGCCCUUCAACCCCCCCCCCCCCCCUCCCCCCAAAAAAAUGCAAGGUGGAGGUCCGAAAGUUGCCUGGCUACCCAAGCUCCUUGCUCUAGUGAAACGCUAGGCCACGCCCACGGAAGUUAGUUUCUUCUCCGCAAUGAGACUGGAUUUGAGUACCCCCCUGACGAUUUCUAGAAAGCAAACACAUUCUAACCAUUCUGAUUGGUCCUACAAACCGAUGGGUUGGGCCAGAGUCAGAAAGGCGGCGUUUUGAAAAUUCGUCAUUGGCUUUGAUACUCUGAUUAGUUAGAGAUGAUCCAAUCGCUGAUUACUUUUGUUUUCUUACAACACCACACAUUUUUUCGUCACAACAAACGACUUCAACGAUGGCCGUCUGACUGAAGUAUGUAGCCAACAUAGAGCAGGGGGAAACGUACAGUAGUUUGAGAUGUCAGGCAAGUCUGAAAGGUCAAAGGUGAAAUACAUCCCCAAAUCUACUACUCUACUACUCCAUCAUCCCUCAUUCAGAAACCUCUGAUCUCUAAACACACCACACCUCCUCGCCCAUUGGACCAUUUUUGGUCCACAACAGGCAUUCUUAUCUAGAACUUUCCUGUCAAAAAAAUAAUACAUUAUUUAGAAUUAUAGAAUCCGUAGUGUCAUAACUGUUCCAUAUUCUAGAAUCGCAGUAGAACAGAGACCCUCCAUCCCCAACCUCUCCCUGUCAAACUUACCCCUCUCUCUCUCUCCCUUCCUCUCACAGCGAUGCUGUUGGCUGUCAAAUCACAUAAGGGUCUAGAAUCAAACACCACUGUUGUGUUUUUGGGGUUCCUUUCUUUUGUCUUUUAUUUUGAGAAACUGAACUGGAAGAAAUCAGAGGGGAGAGUUUUAACGGUCGAGAAAAAUGUAGCAACUUUGUCGCCAUCCGUAGAUCGUUACGUUGAAAACUUUUUAAAAAGGUACGAGAAUCCGUUUGUCUCUUUAUCAUGAAGACUUUGUUGUUGUCGUUGACUGGAAACCAGAUGCUGUUCUGUGUUAACAUUUCACCCCUUGUAGUCCGGGGCAUUGUUUGGCAUUGACAACGAGUGGAAGGAUGGCACGAACAGACUGGUACCCAGGCUACUCUUGUUUGGCUGUGAUCAGUUGUUUUAUUAUGGUGAUUCUUAGUGAUAAAGCUGUUGUUAAUUAGACUACACUGAGAGGCCUCCUCGACCACACACACGCUAUCACACACACUAUCACACGCACACUAUCACACACACACACUGAUAAAAUGUCAGGAUAGACUGUUUAAUUGGAAUUAUCUGCCAGUCAGUCACCCAAAGGUUCUGUUUAUUUAACAGGCUCUGGGAUGUGUCCCAAAUGGCACCCUAUUUCCUUUCUAGUGCACUAUUUUUAACCUAGUUCCUAUAGGGUUCUGGUCAAAAGUAGUGCACUAUUUUUAACCUGGGUCCUAUAGGGUUCUGGUCAAAAGUAGUGCACUAUUUUUAACCUGGGUCCUAUAGGGUUCUGGUCAAAAGUAGUGCACUAUUUUUAACCUGGGUCCUAUAUGGUUCUGGUCAAAAGUAGUGCACUAUUUUUAACCUGGGUCCUAUAUGGUUCUGGUCAAAAGUAGUGCACUAUUUUUAACCUGGACCCUAUAGGGUUCUGGUCAAAAGUAGUGCACUAUAUAGGGAAUAGGGUGACAUUUGGAUGCAUACUAGAUCUAGACAGAGGGCACCAUAUUGAAUAGUGUAAAAUAUCUCCUACUCUCUGUACUGAGGGUAUCUUAAGAGGCAGUAAAUCCCCAGUGUACUUGUAGGAAACCAUCUGUCCCUCCUCUUAUUCUCCGUCCCCAAUAACCACACUAGCAUACUAUCUAGUAUGCACGGGCUGAAUUGCUUCAUACUAAGUAGUAUGCAAGGGUGGAUACUUCGGGACAUGAUCUAAUGAGUCUAGUCUUGGGAGAGGAAGAUGCCAAAUUAAGUGCCAAAUGCAACGCUAUCAUCACUUCUACUCCCUCUGAGAUUUCAACCAAUGGGAGAAUGUCCUGAUGACCGGGUGUUUGUGAAUAAGCCAAUAGGAAGCAUGGCUGGUGAUAUUAGUGCGGGUGGGGGUGUAGUCGAUUAGAAGGCCUCUUUCUACGUGUAGUUAUGUUAUUGUUUAUAUUCAUAUCUGGGGUUUAGUUUUGUAUCAUGUGGAAAUAGUUCAAAAAUGGAUGUUUUUUUAAUAUGAAUAUAAUGCUGUAAACUGCAUACCUGAAUUAAGAGAUUUCUCUUUCACGACAAUACAAUAAAGAGUGAACAAAAACAUUA